GGGGAAUUGGAUAAGAGAGACAAACUAAGGAGGAGGAGGAGGGAGCAUGAGGAUUCAGGAUUAGAGAGGGCGGCAGCCGGCAUUCCCAAAUUGCAAUAACCCUAUCUCUAUCUCCUAUAAUAUCAUCGCCUCGCCUGCUGUCUGCUUCCUCUCCUCCUUCUCCACCAAUAAUCUUUUAGUUUUUUAUUUUUUUAUUGCCAUUUGCUACUUUAAUUAAUUUCUUUCUUCUGUCUCUCUGACGUCCACAUGACAACAACGCCAUGGCUAUGCCUUUGACUUCCUUUCGUCUACUUUUAAUUCCCCAGUCCGAGUCAACCAUUACGCCCACCAUCAAAAUAUAUACAUAGCAUUAACCUCCUCCUCCUCCUCAUCUCCACACCAAUACACAAUCUAUUCGAUGAAGGAUUCCAAUUCCGCCGCUGACCUUCAAAUCGCCGCCGCUCCUUCCACCAUUGUUCCCCGGAGGACGGUCAGGAUCUCCUUCGUGCUGCUCGGCGUUGCUCUGGCUAUCCUCGUUCUCUACAACUCCGCCAUUAAUCCUUUCAGAUUUCUCCCCGUUUCCUACACCACCUACCGCCCCUCUGCAUCCCCUUCUCUCACCACAGACCCUCUUCUGGAAAAAAUUCUGAAGAAUGCAUCGACGGAAGAUGGAACGGUAAUAUUGACAACACUGAACGACGCGUGGGCGGAGCCGGGUUCGCUACUGGAUCUGUUUCUGGAAAGCUUCCACAUCGGAAACGGAACGGAGAGGCUACUGAAGCACUUGGUAAUAGUGACGAUGGACAAAAAGGCGUAUGCCCGUUGCGUGGCGUUGCACCCGCAUUGCUACGAACUGGACACACAAGGCAUCAAUUUCUCCAGCGAGGCCUACUUCAUGACCUCUGACUACCUCCAGAUGAUGUGGCGGAGAAUCGAAUUUCUCACCUCUGUUCUCCGGAUGGGUUUCAGCUUCGUCUUCACCGAUUCUGAUAUCAUGUGGCUCCAAGACCCCUUCAACCACUUCCACCCAGAUGCGGAUUUUCAGAUUGCGUGCGAUUACUUUCUGGGGAAUUCGGAGGAUCUAAACAACCGCCCCAACGGGGGGUUCACCUACGUCAAAUCAAAUCCCAAAACAAUCAAAUUCUACAAGUUUUGGUACCAAUCCAGGACCAUAUAUCCGGGCCAGCACGACCAAGACGUGCUCAACAAGAUCAAGACCAGCCCAUUGAUCUCUAAAAUAGGCCUCAAGAUAAGGUUUCUGGACACUGCCAACUUCGGAGGCUUCUGUCAGCCCAGCCGGGACUUCAACCGGGUCUCCACCAUGCACGCCAAUUGCUGCGUCGGCCUCGACAACAAAGUUCACGAUCUCAAGAUUCUGCUCCAUGACUGGAAUACCUUUUUUACGCAGACUCCCCGGGACAAAGCUGCCUCCACUCCUUCGUGGAGCGUUCCUCAAGAUUGCAAGUACGUUUUAUUAAUGUCAUUAUAA